AUGGCCAGCGUCACCUACGGCUACGGCUACAAAAUGUUCAAGUACUUCAACAAAACCUACGCCCUCUCCGAGCAGACCCCUCCGCCGGACGUCAAGGACGCAUUCUCCCUCUUCGCCGAAGGCGCGGACUUCAUGUCCGCCGACCAGCUCCUCCGCUUUCUGCACGAACACCAACUCGAAUUGGACUACACCGCAGAGGAUUCCAACCGCGUCAUCGAAACCUUCAUGCAAUCGCGGACAGAAAACGCCGAAUGCGACUCCGACAACAACGGUCUAACGCUCGACGAGUUCUUCCGCUUCUUGUUCCUCGUCGAUUUCAACGAUGCCCUCAAAUCUAAGGUACAUCAAGAUAUGAAUGCUCCGUUGUCACAUUAUUUCAUAUAUACAGGGCACAAUUCUUAUCUGACUGGGAAUCAGCUGAGCAGCGAUUGCAGUGAUGUGCCAAUAAUAAAGGCUUUGCAACUAGGUGUGCGAGUAAUUGAACUAGAUUUAUGGCCAAAUUCAACUAGAGAUGAUAUCGACGUCGUUCAUGGAAGGACACUUACUGCUCCUGUCUCACUUAUCCAGUGUUUGAAGUCCAUAAAAGAGUAUGCUUUUGUUAAAUCUGAGUACCCACUAAUUAUAACUUUAGAAGACCACCUUACACCACCUCUUCAAGCUAAAGUUGCAGAGAUGGUAGCUCAAGUAUUUGGAGAUAUGCUAUACUACCCUGAGACGGAUCUUCUCACAGAAUUUCCCACACCAGAGUCGGUGAAAGGUCGAAUUCUUAUAUCAACCAAACCACCAAAAGAAUAUCUUGAAUCCAAGCAAUUCAAGGAUAGUGACAGUGAGAGGGAAUCAACUGAAGAAUUAUCGCCAUGCAUUAUCCCUGAAUUGGAAGCUGCUGCUGCUGCUGCUGUUGCAGCUGCUGAGAAGCCCAAUGGAAAUGAUCUUGAUGAGGAAAGCUUGAAUGCCCGUGAUAAAAAACCAGACCAGCAGGGUGCACCAGAGUACAAACGUUUAAUUACAAUCCAUGCUGGGAAGCCAAAGGGUCCUGUAAAGGAUCACUUAAAUGUUGUUGGGGGUGUAAAGCGCUUGAGCUUGAGCGAGCAGGAACUUGAAAGAGCUUCUACCACUUAUGGAUCUGAUAUUGUUAGGUUUACACAGAAGAAUAUUAUCAGGGUGUAUCCAAAGGGAACACGUGUUAACUCCUCAAAUUACAGGCCACAUAUAGGAUGGAUUUACGGAGCUCAGAUGGUGGCAUUUAACAUGCAGGGGCAUGGAAAAUCACUCUGGUUUAUGCAAGGAAUGUUUAGAUCGAAUGGCGGCUGUGGUUAUGUGAAAAAACCUUCAUUUCUGAUAGAACAAGGCCCAGAUGAUGAGGUUUUUGAUCCUAAAAAACCAAUGCCAGUGCAAAAGACAUUGACGGUAAAAGUGUACAUGGGAAACGGGUGGAGCACAGAUUUCAGUAAAACACACUUCGAUGCAUUCUCUCCGCCGGACUUUUACACAAAGGUUUGCAUUGUUGGAGUACCUGCUGAUAACAUGAAUAAGAAGACCAGGAUAAUUCAAGAUGAUUGGUUUCCCGUUUGGGAUGAAGAGUUUGAAUUUCCUUUGUGUGUUCCAGAACUAGCUUUACUCUGGAUAGAGGUUCGAGAGUACGAUAAGCAUGAAAAGGAUGACUUUGGCGGCCAAUCAUGUUUACCAAUCUCUGAGCUAAGAUCUGGUUUCCGGGUAGUCCCUCUAUUUGAUGAGAAGGGCGAGCAAUUAAAAUCUGUAAAGCUUUUAAUGCGGUUUCAGUUCAAAUAAACUACAACAUUAGCCAUUCCUUUUAGGCAUGUAACAUGGUUUCAUAUUCCUAGGUGGUUUUUCUUUUUACUAGUGACUAGGUUCAUCCAGAAAGAUUGUUGUAACUAUAGAUUAUCUUCAUCUCUAACUGCUUGAAACAAUAUUAUGAGC